UUUAUUUUUGCCAGGAAACCGAAUUUUUAUAUGAAAAAAAAAACUGGAUCGUGAAAUCACUUUCUGAUAAUAAUUAUCAUGGAGAAUUGGAGAUAUCCAACCCGGUUGAGCAAUAUUAUAUCGAACCGAAAUUGAAACUGAGAAACCAAUCUUCAAACCAUGGUUAGAGAUUUUAAACCGGAGUCUAAACGAGUUAUAAAGCGCCUGGGUCUUCUCUGUUUCGCUCCGACAUUCAGAGAUCUUCAUCUCCCCGGUGAGUGUACUUCAUCGAGGGCUGUGCUCUAACAUGUCAGGAAGAAAGGAAACAGUGUUGGAUUUGGCUAAGUUUGUGGAUAAGGGUGUUCAAGUUAAGCUGACUGGUGGUAGACAAGAUCAUGAUGAUCCAUUGAAGACUACUGACCAGAAGAGACUUCUUGGUUUAGUUGUUUGUAGUGGAACUGCGGUGAUGCUCGUCUCACCAACUGAUGGAACUGAAGAAAUUGCUAACCCGUUCGGUCAACCAGAGGCUGUCUAAUGAGUUUCUUUCCAAAAGAUUAUGUCUGUCUAUCUUUAUUAGUUCAACUUUGGGCUUUAGUGAGCAUUGUGUAUCUGAGUAUCUGUUAUGAUGUUGACAACAGUUUUGUUUUAAUAUACCUAUUUAAACAUCA